CAUGACAACAAUCUUGCGAGUGAAUUUAAAUGGCUAUGACGCUCUCCUCCUCCAAACUGCACAAAAAAUCUUGGAAAUGUACAGUGUCGUUGGACAUUCACAAGGUCACAUGUCGCGGCAUGCGCCUGCCCAAGACCGGAGACAUCCACUUAAGUGUUUGCAUCAUGGGCCAGUGCAGGAAAACUAGCUGCUUGCCGCCACGCUUCCCAUUACACUUUAACCAGCUGCUGGUUUUUGAAAAGACGUACACCGAUGCCGUUGACCCCUCUGCAGUCGCUGACCUCCUAAAAGCUGACACAACAUCUUUUCAGCUGAUUCAGGAGAGAAAGACCCUUGCCACAAUGAUGCAAAACAGCAAAGACUUCCUGAACCCUGGGCCCAAUCUGAGCGGUGUUAAAGACCCCAUGCAGAGAGACACACUGAUGAUGGAGACGUUGUCUGGCUUCCAUGGUGCCUUUCCCACUGUAGACUUUUCAAAGACGUCGUUCAUCCAGGAGAACGAUUGGCCUAUGGCCAGCCUCGUUCAAUUGAGGCCAUUUUCAUCUAUGGCAAGGAGGUCUCCAAAUUAUCUAGGAUGGUCCACAUGCAGACGCUCCCCCUCCCCACCCCCGUGCCGCCAUAUUUCCUGUGAAGAAAAACCACGAAAACACAGAGGUUGUCAAGAGCCAGGCUACCAGAGGCCCACUGUUGCCUCCACGACUCGGGCGCUGUCGCCUUACACCCAUCGAAAAAUGUGCCAGCUCUCCCUGGAUGCUGAGCAAAGGCUGAGACACUUCCAGCUCGGACCGUUCUACUUCAAGAAGGAGACAGAGAGCCUCCCUCUAUUCCUGGUUCCGACGUGCAGUAGUCUGCCAAAAACCUACUCUCCUUUGAGUCACGUGCACUGCUGCCGCACAGUCAGCCUCUCCAAUGAUGAUGAUUCUGAUUCUGAGCUGAGCCAAAGUCCUCUUCCAACCUCCUCUGCCUCUCCUGGUCCAAAAAGGAGAGACCAUGGGACUACCAAACGCUCCCUAGGAGAAAGGUUGUACACCAGAGAACUCAGUCCAUCCUACUGGGAGCAGAUCCACAGCCGAGUCCAGAAGAUUCUUCUGACGCACAGAGUACCCUGGGACAUCGAGUAACUUUCUGAUCUCAAUGUUAGAGAACUGACCUGUUGUGAGUCUCGCACAAGCUAUGCACAUUUCAAAUACCGGCUGAAACAAACAGACAAAGCCGCACAAAAAUGCACCAGGAAGAUGGUUGUGAUAUUCUUUUGCUUUAAUGCAAUAUUAGUUGAUAGCAAUCAUGCAAAGGAAUAUUUUUUAUGGAUUUCACAGAGCAAAUCAAACAAAUGAAAGGGUAAAAUAAUUCCAAAGAUAUAAAUGGAAGCAAUAGUUUAAAAUGAGAUGGUAUUGAUUAUAGAAAUAAGUAAUCACACUUCUUGUACGUUUUUAAGUGAAAAAUGCCACAGCAUGUACACACGGAUAAUGAUCUUGAUCAGUCUUAAAUAUUUCAGUUUCAAAACAAUUUGAGAAACUACAAAAUUGUUAAACUUUUGCAUGGGUUCAGUUUAAAGAGAAAGUCAACUCCCAAAUUCUCUUUCCAAUAAUAUGUUGCAUGUCUAGUCCACUAGUCAAAAGACAACAUCUUGGUUAAUGUUGCGUUUGUGCAAUACGAGAAAAUGACAUCUCAGGUCACAACCAAUCACAGGCCAGCUGAAGAAAACUGGUGAGCCGUGAUUGGUUGUGACCUACACAUGGCAACCGCAAGUGGCAAAAUGGCUGCCUUUUGGUUGAUUAAAAACAGUUGGAUUUUGCCUAUUUAAUAAACAUUCCACAAAUUAAACAAUAAUCAGAACACCGCGUUUCAACUCAUUGUUAGGCAAUUUGGGGGUUGACUUUAAACAUCACGUCGCAUUUCUACACGGGAAAAAUACUGUUUACAAGUUUAUCUUGAUUUAUAAGUUAUUUUGUGUAUAAACCCUUCAGACUCUUGUCUCACA